AUGGAUGUUAAAAAUGCCUUCCUUCAUGGUGAGUUGCAAGAGCAUGUGUAUAUGAAGCUGCCACCUGGAUAUCAGGGGCUUGGACACAGACUUGUAGUGCAAAGUGAGGGAGACUAUGUGAAACAAUUGCACAACAGCAAAGAAGAUGUGAUGCUUGUGAUCUUAGUCUAUGUGGAUGACUUGAUCAUAGCAAGUAAUAGUAUGAAUGCUAUUGAGAGAACAAAAGCAUUGCUGAGCAGUCAUUUUCAGAUGAAGGACCUAGGGAUCCUAAGAUAUUUCCUGGGAAUUGAGGUGGAUCAUUGUAACUCAGGGAUCUUUCUAAGUCAAAAGAAGUACAUACAAGACCUGCUGAAGGAAUAUGGGAUGAUGAACUGUAAGCCAGUCAGGCUUCCUAUGGAUAGCCACACAAAACUUAGCUCUACUCUUGGAGAUCUUCUUCCAUGUGCUGAAGAGUAUCAAAAGCUUGUUGGGAAGCUUAUCUAUCUGAGCUUAACAAGACCUGAUGUGACAUUCACUGUCAAUGUAUUGAGUAGAUUCAUGCAUAAGCCAACCAAUGUUCAUAUGCAGGCAGCAAAAAGGGUUCUUAGAUAUCUUGCUGGCUCAAUGAGUCAAGGUAUACUUCUUGCCAACACAUCUUCAGCUCAUCUUCAAGCCUUCUGUGACAGUGACUGGGCAGGGUGUGCCAGCACUAGGAGGUCCACAUCAGGUUUUUGCAUCUUACUUGGUGAUUCACCAAUAUCUUGGAAGUCCAAGAGGCAAUCUGUAGUUGCUAGAAGCAGUGCUGAAGCUGAGUAUAGGUCAAUGGCACUCACAAUUUGUGAAGUAAUGUGGCUUAAACAGUUGUUUCAGGACCUUGGGGUUACAAACAUGCACAAGACUCCUGUAUUUUGUGACAAUCAAGCUGCCCUGGCUAUUGCUUCCAAUCCUGUUCAUCAUGAGAAGACCAAGCAUGUGGACAUUGACUGUCACUUCAUCAGAGAUAAGACUAAUGAAGGAGUUGUGCUUCCUACUUAUGUCUCCACCAAGCAUCAAGUUGUUGAUGUGUUCACUAAGCUUCUCUCCACACACCAACAUCAGAGUCUUCUUGGCAAGCUGGGAGUUCAGAUGCCUCCUCACUCUCAGCUUGAGGGGGUGUGUUAA